CCGGGAGGAGGAGGGGAGGGAAUGGGAGGGCAGGGCAGGGGUGGGCGGCCCGCUGCCCCCCCGUCCCCGGCGGCACGUGCCUGCCCGCCUCCUCGGGCCACUGCCGCGCCCCGACGGCCUCGGCAUGGACGCGCCCGGCCAGCCGCCCGCUGGCCCCGAAGCCGGCCCCGAGGACGCGGUGGCGGGACGGGACCCGAGCCCGAAGGCGGCCAUCGAGGAGGAGAAGGAGACUACGUACGUGGAGAUUCGCGGCUCGCCGCGGAGCCCGGAGGAGAACCGCCAGCCGCCCGAGCUGGCCCCGACUGGCGGCGCGGAAGGAGCGGCCGGUCCGGCAGCGGAAAGCGGAGCCGGCGGGACCGGGGAUGUUGGCGGUUCGGCGGGAGGCGAGCCGCCGGGCGGGGCGGCGGAGCCAGCAUCCUCGGAUCCCAAGGGGGAUCGUCCGGUUUCCCCGGGCGCGGCGGGAUGUGGCGCCGACUCCAGUCCCGGCUCUGAGGACGCGGCAGGGAGCGGGGAGCCGCCGGCGGCGAGGGGCUGCCCGGAGUCGUCCUCCUCUUCCUCCUGCCCUUCCCCGGUGACCAAGGUGGGCGGCUUUCCUGCAAUGGGUGACCCGGUGUCGACGGAAGGUAAAACCUCCUCGUCCUCCUUUGGCUACGAAAGCGAGGAGGACGAGGACGCGGGGCGCAAGGCAGCCCCUCCCGGCGCCCCCCCAGGCACCCCUCCCGGCGGCGGCCGCGACGAGGCGCACUAUAUCAGCACGCAGGAGAUCCAGCUGAGCGAGGUAGACCACGACAUGGACUUCGAUGCGGGGCUGGCCGCCCGCUGGGACUUCGAGGACAACAACGUGAUCUACUCCUUCGUGGACUACGCCUCCUUCGGGAGCGACGAGACGGCGAGGGACACACCGACAGAGGAGGAGAAUAGCUGCUACCUCAGCACGACCACCAGCGACCCCAACAACCAGACGGACAGCAUCGACAACACCAGCAGCACCGAGAUCGUCAGCCUUACCUCCGAACACGACACCCCCGCCGGGGACAAGCGCGCCAGCUCGGGGGAAAGCAGGUCCAAGGAGCCCGGCCGGCCCGGCGGGAGCCCGGCCGCCCAGCUUCUCCUAUCAAUCAAAGCAGCUUCCCGGGCUAUAAAUGAGUCUAGCAACGUGCACGGAAAGCAAAACACUAUUCACGCUGCCAAGCAUGAAAGCGACAUGAGCCUCCGUGUCUCCGCGGCUCCCGAACGCGAUGCGAGUUUUAAAACGGACACGAUCCGCGACCCCCCCAAAAAAUUCAUCGCGGUCCCUGCUCGGCUGCAGACCCGAUGCGGAGCCUGCAGGGCGGGGGAGCAGUCCAGCGGCGCCUCCAGCGCAGUCAGCGAGCUGGACGAUGCCGACAAAGAAGUGCGAAACCUGACGGCCAGGGCUUUCCGCAGCCUGGCGUACCCCUACUUCGACACCUUGCGCCCUGGCUCCCGCGCCUCCUCCGCCUCCCUGCCCGACAAUGCCCUGGGCAUCAACCGGUGGUCCACGUACCUGGACCUCAAGUGCGGCAGCCUGGCGCCGAAAGCCGAGCCCAGCUUGCUGCGCUCCGGCCGGUCGCAGACCAGAGCCCUCGAAUUCGUGGUCAGCAAGCUCGACGGGGAGAUCACUCACGUCGAGGCGCCGCGGCGGCUGCGGGCGGGCUCCCGGGUGGUGACCCUGCUGGACCUCGGCGAUGGUCCCCAGGUCAGGCCGCCUCCUGAGCCGCCGGCGGCGGAGGGCGGCGGGGCAGGGUCCAGCAAGAAGUCCAGGUUCGCCUCCAGCCUCCUCAAAAACAUCAUCUCCAAGAAGAUGCAGCUGGAGCACGAGUUCAAGAUGGAGCGGGGCGAGAUCACCGACACCUCCUAUCGCGGGCUGGGCGCCGGGCGGGAGCCAGAGCCCUCCUGCAGCCGGCAGCGGCAGCGUGAGGGCGGAGUGCAGCGGCAGAAUUCCCGGCACUCAGAGGGCGGCUCGGACAGCACAGCGGCGACGGCGGAGGAGGCGGGGGAGGGUGGCGGUGGCCGGUCGCCGGCCUCCAAGGCAUCGACGCCCCGCGAGAGAACCCGCAGCCUGGACCGAGCGCUGUCGGAGGAACUGUGCGAGGUGAAGCGCAGCGCCUCAGAUGCCAUCAAGGCCACCUUCCUCCGCAGCCAGAACAGCGCCUUCAGGUCCUGGAAGGAGCGGGAGGCGGAGAGGAAGGAGGAGAGGGCGCCCGUCGGCAAGCUGAAGCUCUCCCCCCGACACGACUGGCGGGCCGACCUGGGCGAGAUCUCCACUGGCAACUCCACCAAGAUGUCCCGUCUGUUCGUCCCCGCCAUCCAGCGCACACCCCAGGAGAAGGAGCCCGGCAAGCGGGCGACCAAGUGCUCCACCGCCUCCUCCUCCUCCUCGCCCCCAGCCGUCAAACCCAAGGCCCCCGAGAUCAAGAUCAGCCUGGGCAGCCUGCAGCAGCCCCGCGAUGCCGCCUUCAGCAUCGCCCAGCUGCUGACGCCGCAGAUCGCGGGCAGGCCGUCGGAGGAGGGCAGGAGCCACCAGCCCAAAAUGCACAAGGCCGGCGACGGCCACGACAAGGUGCCGCAGUUCCUGGUGCGCGACGUGAGAGACAGCAAGCACAGAGCCCAGGGGCCCCUCCACCAGGUGCGGGACGUGCGGAAGCUCAUCAAAAGCUCCUACAACUGCGACUCGGGGGAUAACAGCAGUGACAAGGGCAGCGCUGGCUCCGACCAGGAGCAGAAACCCCGGCAGCAGCUGGUCAUCGCAGGCGUCCCCAGGUCGCUCUCCCCCGUGGUGAUCACCUGCCAGGCGGUCAGCCACGCCGGCACCAAGCCCACGGAGGCGGGGGCCAAGGCGGCGGGCAGGGCGCCGGCCUGUCCCCCGGAGGGCACCGUCUUGGUGCACCGCACCUCGGGAAGGCUGCCGGUGGCCACCAUCGCCCCCAACAAGAGCGACCCGCGCCAACCGGCCGUACUGAAGAUAGUCUCCAAAUCCGCCGCGCCCUGGCGGCACCAGCCGCCGCCGCCCGCUGAGAGGCUUCGGGGGCCGGAGGAGGACCCCCGGGAGGAGGGCAAGGCGGCGCCGGUGCAAAACGCGCUGGAGAAGCUGACGGCAGCGGUCCGGAGCAUGGAGGAGCUGUACAGUUUCAACAAGCGUGAGUGGAAGCGCAAGAGCGACCCGCUGCCCAUCACCGACAGCCACGUCCUCUCCCUCAUCGCCAGCCAGGAGCGAGGCGCCGGGCCCCGGCCGACCCCCUCUGCUGCUGCCGCCCCGCCCCAGCCACCGCCCGCGGAAAAGGCGGAGGAGCCGUCCGUCAAGGGGCCGGGCAGCGAGCGGCUGCCCCGCCGGCCCGCCGACAAGGUCUCGGCCAAGGCGGCCGCCUUCGAGAGCCUGGCCCGGCAGCGGCAGCGGGGCCCACCGCCCUCCCGCGCCGAGCCCCCCGUCGCCUCCCGCGCACUCCUCACCCUCCGCGGAGGAGCCGGAGCCCCCGCGCCGAGCAAGCCCCCUUCCGAGGGCGGCCUGCGGGGCCAGGCGGCGCCGCGCUCCCCCCGGCUUCCAGCGGGCGGCGGCGAUGCGGAGCGCGGCCCGGACUGCGGGAACUACCUAGCCCUGCCACUGAAGGAGCUCGGCUCUCCGCCCUCCCCGGUGUCGGGGGCGGGUGGCGGCGUCCGUCCCAGUCCGGUGUCGGCGCCGGCGCUGUGCGGUUUGCAGCCCUUCGGCACUGCCAAACAACCCGGCAGCCCCGCACCCCCGUCCGGAAUCCCGCCCGCCGAAGAGCCCCCUCCCGCCGCCUCCUCCGCCGCCCAGCCGCCCGUCGAGGGGCCGCCGGCCGCCCUCUACCGCCCGCCGCUUCCCUUCGCCGCCCUGCCCGGCGCCGCGCCGCCGCCGCUGCUCUGCUUCUCGCCCUCCGUGCCUGCCGCGGGGACAGCGGCCGAGCCCUUUUCCCAGACGCAGCGCAAGAUGCUGCUGGACGUGAGCACCGGGCAGUACUACCUGGUGGACACGCCGGUGCAGCAGCCCCUCAAGCGGCGCCUCUUCGACCCCGAGACUGGGCAGUACGUAGAGGUGCCGGUGCCCCAGCAGCCGGCCGUCACCCCCGUCCCCCUGCCCCUCUCGCCCCUGGCCCUCAGCGCCGGGGCCUAUGGUGCCGCAUACAUGCUCUACCCCGGCCUCCUGCCCGCUGCCACCAUGGUGCACCCCGGUGCCCUGCCGCGCCCGCUGUCCCACCCGGGCAGCGAUGCCAGCGCGGUGGAGCCCGGCAGCCCGGCAACGGCAGAAGCGCCUUUUGCCGAGAGCCCCUACUACGUGGCUACAAGCGGCAAGGGCCCAGCACCAGCACCACGGCGUGAGACAGUCGAGACCAAACCGGUCAUCAGCAUCACAGCGCCUGCCAGCGGCCCGCGGAUCAUCGCGCCGCCUUCCUUCGAUGGCACCACCAUGCGCUUCGUGGUGGAGCACCGAUGAAGAGCAUGGGGAUGAGGAAGAAGAAUCACACUCUUUUAAUCUGAAAUACACUUAGUAACUCUAAGCAUACAUCCUAAAAUCUGCUUCUACAGUUCUCUCAUUUUUUUGCUUCAUCAUACAAAACAAGUGUGUAAGUUUCUUGUUUUCUCCUGAAUAGCCCCCAGUUUUGGAGUAUGGGUGGUUCAAUAUGGAUUAUGUAAAUUUCAGAAAACACAUUUUAUUGCUUUCGGGUUUUAUUUGCUCCUCUGCACUGCCUUAAACAUCACAAGUUGCCUUAAUUAUGACAGUGUUUAAAUACUGGAAAGCCAGAAAUUGUGUGUUAUAUUUUACACUCCAGUUCUAAAGGACAGUGCAGCAUUUAUUUUUCUUUAAGACUGCAGUCUUUUCUUCCUUAAAUUAUAACAUUACUGAAAACACAAUCCUAGUGAUUCCCCUGUGAGAGGAGUUUUUUAAUGUUACAGCCCAAAUACUAUGUAGUCAUAGUCCCGCCUGGACACAUUCCUGUGUGAUGUACUCUAGGUAACCCUGCUCUGGCAGGGGGGUUGGACUAGAUGAUCUUUCGAGGUCCCUUCCAACUCCUAGGAUUCUAUGAUUCUAUGAUUUCCUUAGCUAUGUUUGACAUAUUCAUCUGAGGGCUAUAUCCACACCAUCUGUAUUGGCCAAGAAAGUAUUUCUCCUUAGAAUAUGAAAAUAUUAAAUACGUUUACUUAAAACGUAGUGGUAUGUAUGUCCCUAUGUCAAACUUUGCUUGAACUGAUGAUUUUGUUGCCAGCAACCAGUUUGUCUCAGUAAAAGAGAAUUGUUAUCAUGACAGUAAAAUUAAACUAUGAUCCUGUGUUCUCUGCCCAAAGUUUCAGUUCAGUGAAGUGCUUUGAGAAGCCAAUAAAUGUAAGAUCAAGCUAAAUUAUUUAGCAUAAGGCUUUCUCAAGGUAACAGGUUCAAGAUCUAAAAUCUAAAUAGAAAACUCAAAAGUCUGUACCUAAGCAUUUACCCACAGACAGGAUUUUCCUGUACAUCUUUUCAAGGCUUCCUGCUAUUAAGGAAGUUUCAGGGUUUCCCUUAAAGAAAGGUUUUCAUUUCCAUGAAUAACUCUCAAGAUACAGAAAAUUCAGCUGUAACUGUUUUUAGCCAUACAUGUGAGAUUGUAUUUCAAUGCCAUUUAUUUGUUUACAGGCGCAAACUGAAAUUGCCCUCAGGAUGAAACGCACUGCAAGUAUACACAUAGUGAGUGAUAUAGCAUAUAUCUUCUCAUUUAUCUUCAUCUUUAUGGAAAUCCAAUGAAAAAAUACAAUUCUAACCCUUUUGAAAGAGCUUGACAUGCCCACUAGAGCAUAUAGUGUGUAAGCUUAAUUCCCAUGCUCUUCAGUUGUACAGUCUACAGAUACAAGCUUUAACUUCCUACUGGGAUUUGGGACGACCACCUCUUAAAGAAAAUGAAUGCUGCGUCACUGUUUUCAUGGCUGCUAAGUCCAUAGAUAUCUCGACUAUAGAGUAUCAGUGUCAAACCAAACAGUAUUUCGGGCUGCAGGACAGUGCAGGUGCCAGACUAGAUCGUCCCCUGUCACAUACACGUGUACGGUACGUGCGUUAUAAUGCUGGCACCCGUGUUUAAAAACAUUUUGUCCUCUUUUCCUGUAUUGGUGCUCGGAGCCAAGUUUCACAUUGCAGUUUACAAGAUACAGGCUUGCACACGCAAGCUCAGGGUUUACAGUUUCACCCAGUGUACUAGAAAGGAAAAAAAAAUGCAUAGAAAAGAAAGUGCCCAGGGUUUCAACAUGUAUUUGUUGGAGGAAAAUUUUGCAGGGUUUUUUUUAACUGCCUGUGGAGACGAAAGCAAUGAAAUGAGGCAAUGCCAACAACUCUUUAUUGUCUCAGGGGAGAUUUCUUGAGUAGAAUGGGUCAAUCCUAAUGUCAAACAGUGUUUGCUUCGUUUUGGCUAUUACUAAAGAGACUCUGGGUUUGCAUCAAGGGGUCAAUUUUCCAAGGAGCUUUGCUUUGCAGACCCAGUCCAGCAAAGCCUUCACAUGCAUCUCUAACCUCAAAUACCUAAGCAGAUUCCUGGGAACUGCAGUGGAAAUGCAAUAAUGUAUUUAUUUUUUCACCAUGAAUGCAACGCUUUGCUGAGCUUGUCCCAGAGCACUGAGUGCCUUGCAGGCCUGAGUCCCGGGUUCUUUACUUUACAUGCAUAACACUGGAGCUCUGGGCUUGACUCUAGCCAGACCCAGCAGAUAAUGCCGUGAAAGGUCGCCAGAAAAAUACCUGGUCAUAUGGUGCUCCUUUAUGUAUACCCAGUGGUGAAUGUCUCCAGCUGAUGGAGUGAUGUGUAACCAUGUAUCUUGGAUUAGAGUCAAGCCCUCCUUGUUAGGGUUCACAAGCUGCUAGUAUUAUAUGUUUCAUGGUGCAGUCAUGGUACAUUGCAGCUGAAAUUCACCCUGUGUGCAAAGCAGGGCAAAAUCCUGUGCACCACUCGUGUUCCCUCCCAGCCCAGCUACCAGGGCUGGUGUUAACAGCCAGCCAGCCGCUUCCAUGCUUUUUGGGUCAGGAUCCAAUUGAAAGGUUGAGCAGGACUGGAGUGAUGCACAAAUGUUGUUCAGGUCUCUUGCAGCAGGGUUGGUUUCACUCAGUUAAAUUUAUUCCUUGGUCAAUCAUUUGGUGAAUGAUUUAAAAUGUAUUUAUGGGUUGUGUGGCUUUUUGGGUUUUUUUCCCUUGUCUGCAUUCAAAGCUACCUUUACUCUCUAGUGUUGAUGGCCAAAGUGUCAUUCCUUAUGCUUAUAAACUAGCAUUAACUUGUGGCUACUUGAGAACACAUACUUUAAAAAUGCUUGUGUUUUCUCCCCUUUUUCUGUUAUGUUUUGUUUGGGUUUUUUCCUUUUUUUUUUUUCCCUCUUUUUCAAGGGUGAUGGGUUGUCAGUGUAAAGAUAUUUAAAAGUGCAAAUGUGAAGUAAAGAUAAUGAUUGUUAAGAGGAUGUGGGUGAUAUGUCUGAUGAGAGAGCGGUGGGCUAUAAGGCAAAGGGGAAAAUGCUGUGAACGCAAUGCAUUGGCGAUUGUUGCCUGGGGGGGGGAAUAUAUAUUAAAAUAUAUAUAUAUAUAUAUAUAACUGGAGAAAAAUGGACUCUUUGAGCUGCUCUCAAGAUAAAUGACACUGUGGCAAGUGUGUAGCCGAAGCCCAAAGUGAUCCCGCUGCAAGAUGCCCUGAGCCUGGGAUGGAAGGACAGGGGAAUUGCUCUGAGCGUCUGGCACAUCAGGAACACUUCAGUACGUCAUGACCAUGUGAGAACAGACUGUCUGAAACCACUGAGUACCAAAGUUUGUAACUGAAUGAGUUAGCAUUUGUAUUAUGUUAGGGGUUUUUUUUGAAUGUUAUGAUAAAUAAAAUGUAUUUUUCAGUAAAAGACAUACUGUAAGUAA